CUUGUCAGUGCCACAAGCAGGUUGGGUGAGAAUCUUCGAACGUGUGGCUGAAACAGGGAAGAGUUAUUUCUUUCUACUUUAUUGAAUAAAGUUGUCGUUUCUUCAGGCACUCACCAUCUACCAACAUGGUCAGCAUUUUGAGAGUGACUAACAUCUGUGCCACAACUUUAUUACUGCUGGUGACCCUUCUGGUACUUCUUUACUUCAAUAAGUCACAAAACAUCUCAACACAUCAAUCUAGUCACAACCACGACCGGAGACCUGCAUAUUUAAAAGAAGAAGGUCACAAUGCCUCAGACAAAACUUCCCCAUUGACAAAUUGGCAAGGGGAAAGGAGGAGGGUGUCACAAAACCUAACACUAAGAUGUGAACAAAACACAAUGUUUGAAAAUGUCUCUGGCUUUCAUUCCCUUUCCCCCAUGAUUCAAGACUUUCUUUACUAUCGUCACUGUCGUAGUUUCCCCAUAAUUCUGGACCUUCCUGACAAAUGUGGAGGAGAUGAUGAGCCUGAGGACGUCUUUCUUUUGCUUGUUAUUAAAAGUUCCCCAAAGAACUAUGAGCGGAGAGAGGCUCUGCGCAAGACCUGGGCUGCAGAGAGGUCAUAUAAAGGAAAAGUGAUUCGAAGAAUCUUUAUUACUGGAACUGAAGGUUCGGGUUUCGAGGAGGAGAAAUUGAACAAACUUGUCAGGUGGGAGCACCAACAUUACAAUGACAUCCUCCAAUGGGAUUUUAAGGAUUCCUUUUUCAACCUCACUUUGAAGCAGAUACUUUUCCUUGAGUGGAUGGACAGACGUUGUCCACAGGCUCGAUUUCUACUGAAUGGUGAUGAUGAUGUUUUUGCCCACACUGACAACAUGGUUGAAUAUCUUCAAAGUCUUAAAGAUAAUAAUGGAAAUAAGCACCUUUUUACUGGCCAUCUGUUGAAAAAUGCGCUGCCUGUAAGAAACCCAGAGAAUAAGUACUUUGUUCCGCUACAGGUGUAUGAAGAAGAGGUUUUUCCCCCCUACUGUGGAGGUGGGGGAUACCUUCUGUCAGGCUAUACAGCUUUGGCCAUUUACAAAAUAUCUGUGUCGGUCGAAAUUAUUCCUAUAGAUGAUGUUUACAUGGGAAUGUGUUUGGCUGUAAUGAAACUUAAACCUGACUCUCACAUGGGAGUGAAAACACUAUAUUGGCACAUUCCGUCCAGACAAGUUGAUAAAUAUGACCCCUGUUACCUUAAGGAUUUACUUUUGCUCCACAAAUUCAUGCCCAGUGACCUAUAUUUCUUGUGGCAAGAAGUGCGGAACCCAAAUCUCCCAUGUAGUGCUAAAACAUGAAACAGUUGAGAAUAAACUCAAAUGAACUGUCUGAGCAAAACCUGGGUCAAAAAAAGAUUUAAGUAAUUGGUUAGUUAGGCCAGUAGUAACACAUUAUAGCCUGUUAUUUUAACCAUAGUGAGAAAGCUAGGUACUUGUAGUAGUUAUUUAGUAAGUAAGCUAGCUACCAAUACUAAUAAACGUAUUUUUGCAGCUAUACCAUAUCGCUUGUAUCGCAGGGGUUUUAAUGCUUUGAUUCUAGAUUUGAUUAGUUAAUUACAGAAAAAACACUGUAAAAAAUAACAACACUCAAACUGUGAAAUCUAAACAUAUGUUAUGUGAACUAGUUUAAAUGAGCAUAAGAUUUCUGAGUGCAAGUGAACACAACAUAAUAAUCCGUGAUCUAUGUUGCAGGGUUUUUUAGUAGUAUCAAUAUGUAACUUAAUAAAACUGCUAUACAAUGUUGUUUAUGAAAUUCUAUCAUUGUUUAUUAUUGUUUCACCUCUUUCCCUCCUGUUGGAAUGUUACAAUAAUUAGUAAAUGUAACUCAUAGUCUAAUUGUAAAAGAAAUGUUAUCUGUUAAUUCUCAUGGAACCUGUUUUUAUAUUUGUUACAUGUGUUGACAUAAUGAAUGUUUCUUGUACAUUUAAUUUGGUAUUUACAUUGUUUUUGUAAUCAAAUGAAAGAUAUUAAAUGUUCUUUACUACCAUAACUCCUACCAAAUGCCUUCUGAAGUCACAUAAGUUAAUGAAUAAAAUGCACCUGUGUAUGAUUUAAUAUUAGUUUAAAUGCAGCUGUCAGGUCUCAAGAGUUAGUCAUUGAAUUAAUAACAUCAUGAUGAUCGAGAAAUACGCCACAUAAAGUCAAGGAUAAUUUAGUUAACAGGUUUAAAGCAGGGUUAGGUUAUAAAACAAUAUUCCAAGCUUCAAAUAUUUGAUGGACCACAGUUCAAUCUCAUGAACUGGAGAAAAAAAACUGAGAACAACUUCAAAUCUACCAAGACAAACUGAUAGGUUGGGCAAGGAGAGCUCCAUUAAAAUAUCUGCAAAACACGAUGAGUGAGAAGAGGAUAACAUGACACAUCAGUACAACAAGGGGCACAACUAUUAACUUUCUGAGGUGUAUGUGUAUACAUUAUAGUAAAUCUUUGAUUGAACAAAAAUUUCAACUGUUUUUGAAAGUUGCAUAGCAUUUUAUGCUUUACAAAAAUGAUGUGCCAUUAUGGCAACCAAGCAGCCAGAUUUGUGUUGCAUUUGCCUCGCCUUCACAAUGUACCUACAGCAUCUGCGUCGGAACGAGGUUGGAUCACAUUUACACCAUAAAUAAAUCAAUCUAAAAAAAAUUUUCCAAAUGUACAAAGACCAUGUCCUCCAAACGGUCUUUGUACUGCUGAUUUGGUCCACACCCAAAGUCAGAUUACUGUGUUUAUGUCAUGUUCAUUACUGUAUCCAUAUACAAAUGAAUCACAAAAAGGAAUUUAUUCUUCCUUUUCUUUUUAAUAAGUAAUUUUAGGUAAAGUAAUUUUAUUAAUAUAGCAAAUUUUCAGCAGCAAGGCAAUUCAAAUUGCUUUCUAUAAAAUAAUCCAGUACCCAUGAUAAUUUGCAAAGGUUUAACAUUAAUUAUAUAUAUUGACAUACUGGUAAUUUACAAUUGGCAUCAUGAUUGAAGGGAAACCAUUAACUUUACUAAACAUGUAAAAAAUGUUAAGACUUUUUUUAACAUAUUUUUGUUGUAUUUACUUGUCAAAUGUCAUU